AUGCUGCUCUGGAUGGUUCUACUAUUCCUUGUUUCCAAGACUGAAGCUCAAGAGUCGUUGCAGACGCCUGUGCUGAGCCGCAUCCCCUCUCCAGACUCGGAAGACCUGAUCCUGAAGUGUAAGGCAAAGGUGCACCCUGAGAAGCCAGCUUUGCAGCUCUUCUAUUCCUUCUACAAGGACAGCCAUGUCAUUCUGAACAGGAGUCACAGCCCAAUCUUCUCCAUCACAGAAGCCAAGGACGAAGACUCUGGGCUUUACCAGUGUAUGGUGGCCACUAAGGAUGGCAUAAUCCAGAAACGAAGUAACCAUCUGGAGAUCCAGUUACAAAUGCCUGUAUCGCAUCCUGUGCUCAGUCUGGAACAUGAAGCCACCAACCCUGCUGUAGGAGACAUGGUGAAGUUUCUCUGUGAGGCCGAGAGGGGCUCCCUUCCAAUCGUAUACUCCUUCUACCUUGACGGAAAGAUCCUAGGGGAACCGUUGGCUCCCCCUGGCAGAGCUGCCUCCCUUGUCGUCUCAGUGAAGGCGGAGUGGAGUGCUAAGAACUAUUCCUGUGAAGCUAAAAACAACGUCUCCAGUGAGAGGAGUGAACCCAAGAAGUUCCCCUCAGUUGUCACUUCCUCGUUCUCAGGUUCUCACGUCUUGUCUGCCUUGACCAACAGAAACAUGUUAAUUACCUGGCUCCCUGUAAGCCUGCUUGGUGGGAUGGUCAUUGCCGCUGUGUUUCUAAUUUACUUCUUCAGAGCCCAUAAAAAAGAUGGUUAG